GCGGACUACCCUCCCGCCGCCCGCCCGCCCCCGACCUCGCCACCGCCUCCCUCGCUCCCUCAGCGCGCCGAGCGCGGCCCAGUGGCCGGGGUGGAGGCCCGGGGGCGACGCGGCGCCGAGAGGGCGGGCGGGCUUCGGAGCUCCGGGCGGUCCGGGUCCGUGGCCGGUCGGUGCGCGGCGAGCGGGCGGCGGGCGCCGGUCUAUAUGGCGGCGGCUCUGUCGGGCCUGGCUGUCCGCCUUUCGCGCUCGGCCGCCGCCCGCUCCUAUGGGGUCUUCUGCAAGGGGCUGACCCGCACCCUGCUCAUCUUUUUCGACCUGGCCUGGCGGCUGCGCAUCAACUUUCCCUACCUCUACAUCGUGGCUUCCAUGAUGCUCAACGUCCGCCUGCAGGUUCAUAUUGAGAUCCACUGAAGGCCUUCCGCUGACUGACAGAGGCGCGUCGUCAGGCUCACCACAUCAGAGAACACACAGCAUGAGGGACACCUGCCUCGGGAAGGUGCAGGCGGCGGGAGAGGA